AUGGACAUCAAGGAGUUCAAGAAGAACCACAUUUCCAGUACUGGUCAGAAGGCCAAUACUUGGAUGAGGUCCCUCUAUACGCACUUCAACUUGAAGAUGCUUUGUGCUGCCCAACGUUACCGUAGUGCUUGCACUGCCUUGGAGAGCCUUGAUGCACUGGGGGACUGGUGCAACCAACGGCUAAUCCUUUGUGAUGAAGAUAUCCAGGGACCAGGCAAGGAGGAAGAUGAGAAAGCCAAGGAAAAGGACAAGGACAAUUGGCAAAGCUGCUAUGAGAUAUCUUGGAUAUGGACUGUACGGCAAGGAUCAAUGGGUGAUAGCAGUGAGGAUGGGACUAGGGAGUUCAAUGACAGCAUGUGCAUGGAAUGGGUCAAGGCAAAGGCCUGA